UCUAUGGAAUAGCAGAAUGAGUAAAAUGGUGGUUAGCAGCCGGUGAAAAGGUUUCUGUGUAACAAGCUAAAAUACAUCGUUUCGUCACCUUUCCUAUGUCAGUGAAACACUGUUAGACGAAUAUGGCAAAUCAGCUACUAUCGACGGCGAAUAAAUUGGAAAAGUUUAUUCUCAAAUCGGUGCUAAACGGUCGUCGCGAUCACUUACAGUUUUGGCAGAGGUUAUCUGUACUGCAGUACGGUUCAAAAAUACCUACCAUCGAGUAUGUUCAGCAACAGUGGCGACUAUUCUGUGAGAAACCUCCAAAGGGAUUUGAAAAGUUUUAUAGAAGAAAGACUGGUGGAACAAGCGAAUCAGAGUUGAAGCCUGAAAAGGAAGCUCAAAAGAGCUCAGCGAAAGAUGCGAAGGCCGCACAGAAAUCACGCCCACCUCAAGAAUCAAAACCGCCACCUCCGCCACCGAGCGGUGAUCAAAAGCCACCCAUCGGGUCACAAUGGUCGUUUAAAUUAUUUGGGGAAAAAUCACAGUCCGGAUCCGGAGGAAAAAUUCCACAGAGUUCGAAUAAAGACCCGCUUAUGAUUUUCUGUGGGGUCGGGGCAUUCCUUUUAUUCGGAUAUUUUGCGUAUUCGCAAAUGGGAUAUAAAGAAAUCACAUGGCGAGAUUUUCUCAACAGCUAUAUGUCCAAGGGUAUAGUAGAAAAGCUCGAAGUUGUCAACAAGAAAUGGGUUCGAGUUCAACUGCUGCCAGGUCACGGUGGAGAUAUGUUUCCUGCUCCCUGGUUUGCUAUUGGAAGCGUGGAUUCUUUUGAGCGAAACUUGGAAAAUGCUCAAGUGGAAUUGAAUGUUGAACCUCAGAACUACAUCCCUGUUUUAUAUAAGACUGAAAUUGAAAUUGGGAGUUUAGUCUUUAGUUUAAUACCAUCAAUUUUAAUUACACUUUUCUUAUUAUACAUGAUGCGACGUACUGCUGAUAUGAUGGGUGGCAGAGGAGGGCGCAAAGGGGGUGGAUUAUUUGGCGGUGUUAUGGAAUCAACUGCUAAGCUCAUUAACUCCAGUGAAAUUGGAGUACGUUUUAAGGACGUAGCCGGAUGCGAGGAAGCUAAGAUUGAAAUCAUGGAAUUUGUAAACUUUCUGAAAAAUCCAAAACAGUAUAUGGAUCUAGGAGCAAAGAUACCGAAGGGGGCUAUGCUUACAGGUCCACCCGGAACUGGAAAAACAUUGCUAGCUAAAGCGACGGCUGGAGAAGCCAAUGUCCCCUUCAUCACAGUCUCAGGUUCAGAGUUUUUGGAAAUGUUUGUUGGAGUAGGUCCUUCCAGAGUGCGAGAUAUGUUCGCAAUGGCACGGAAAAACGCACCUUGUAUAUUAUUUAUUGACGAAAUAGAUGCCGUUGGAAGAAAGAGGGGGUCAAGGAGUUUUGGAGGACAUUCGGAGCAAGAGAAUACGUUGAAUCAAUUGCUCGUAGAAAUGGACGGGUUUAAUACUACAACAAACGUAGUUGUAUUAGCAGCCACAAACAGGGUCGACGUCCUAGACAAAGCUCUUAUGCGUCCCGGAAGGUUCGACAGGCAAAUAUAUGUCCCGGCUCCCGACAUCAAGGGACGUGCUUCGAUUUUCAAAGUGCAUUUACAACCGCUAAAAACGGAUCUUGACAAAGAGCAGCUAGCCAGAAAAAUGGCGUCACUUACUCCCGGAUUUACUGGGGCUGACAUCGCCAAUGUUUGUAACGAGGCUGCUUUAAUAGCAGCUAGAGACAUGAACACUAAUAUCCAGCUGAAGAACUUUGAACAAGCUAUUGAGAGAGUUAUCGCUGGUAUGGAAAAGAAAACCAAUGUCUUACAGCCCGAGGAAAAGAAAACUGUGGCCUAUCACGAAGCUGGCCAUGCUGUUGCAGGGUGGUUCUUGGAGCAUGCAGAUCCACUUCUGAAGGUUUCUAUCAUCCCUCGUGGCAAAGGCUUAGGCUAUGCCCAAUACCUGCCAAGAGAGCAAUACCUUUACAGCACACAGCAGCUCUUCGACCGAAUGUGCAUGACACUUGGAGGGCGCGUUUCCGAGGAGAUAUUUUUCUCUAAAAUCACGACGGGUGCUCAAGACGAUUUAAAGAAGGUGACUCAAAGCGCUUACGCCCAAAUAGCGCAGUGGGGAAUGAACGAGAAAGUAGGUAACGUUAGCUUCGACUUGCCACAGCCUGGUGAAAUGGUAAUGGAUAAACCGUACUCGGAAGGUACCGCGCAAUUAAUCGACUCUGAAGUCCGCACUUUGAUCGCCAGUGCGCACAAUCACACACGCGAACUACUGAACAAGCACAAAGAAGACGUUAUCAAGGUUGCCGAACGUCUCCUGAAGCAAGAGAUCCUCAGCCGAGAUGACAUGAUCGAUCUCCUCGGGCCGAGACCAUUCCCGGAGAAAUCGACCUACGAACAAUUCGUCGAGGGAACGGGAUCCUUCGAGGAAGACACAACUCUGCCCGAGGGACUUAAAGAGUGGAAUCAGUCGAGGAGCGACUCGUCUGACGAAAAACCAUCGGUUACCGAGGGCACCACAACGCCGCCAUUACCCUCUUCAACUACCGCAGCAGAGACCCCCAAAGAUCAACCUCAGCAACGAUUGUAAUUAUUUCUCGAAUUAGGUGAUAGUCCGUUCUGAGCUGGGAUCAGUGUAAUGUUAUAUCGACGUUUCUACGUGCAAUAAUACGUACUACGUGCGCGAAUCAUUCUGCAUCCGGCUGAUUUUCCUUAAGACGAACGUGCAAGGAGAUGAAACGAAGGACAGACGAUGAACAGAAAAUUGUUGUUUACGGUUUUUACCAAAAACAUGCGUGUUGGCUUGUCAAAAAAAGUAUAAAAUAAUUGUAAUUAUAUUGGACUUGACCGCA